AACAACAACCCUGUCCUUCCAAAAAGCACUUCCCUAAUUCUUGAGUAAGUAGAGUGGGCUUUUUGUAAAAAGAUGAGGGAGAUUCUGGGUAAGAGAUUCUAAGUUCUUCUUCUGAUUUGAUACGUGAUAAAUAGUUGCUAAAGGAUGGGAACAAGAGAGUCUUCAAAUGUAUCUGAAACUGCCUCAUUAUCCAUUGUUUUGCUUUGUGCUUCUGGUGAUCUGGCUGAGAAGAAGUCGUUGUUUCUGGCACUUUUCCACCUGUAUGAGAAGGGAUUACUACCGCCAACAGAAGUUCAAAUUUUUGGUUAUGCAAGGACAGAAGUCUCUGAUGACGAACUGAGAGAUCAAUUGCGAGAGUAUCUUAUUCCUGACGAAGAUGAUGAUUACCCGGAACAGGUGGAAGAUGUAUGGGAUUUUCUGAAUCUGAUCAAAUACAUAAGUGGCUCUUACGAUUCUGAGGAAGGUUUUCGCUUGUUGGACAAAGAGAUUUCAGAGCAUGAAUAUUCGAAAAACAGCGGAGGGGGUUCCUCUCGGCGGCUUUUCUAUCUUGAACUUCCUCCUUCAGUAUAUCCAUCUGUUUGCAAUAUGAUCAAGACUUGUUGCAUGAAUAAAUCCAAUCUUGGUGGGUGGACACGCAUUGUUGUUGAGAAGCCUUUUGGAAAGGACCUAGAAUCUGCAGAAGAACUAAGUACUCAGAUUGGAGAGUUGUUUGAGGAGCCACAAAUCUACCGUAUUGGUCACUACUUGGGAAAAGAACUAGUGCAGAAAAUGUUGGUACUUCGUUUUGCAAAUCAAUUGUUUUUGUCUCUUUGGAACCGUGACAACAUCGACAAUGUACAGAUAAUUUUCAAAGAGGAUUUUAAAGUUGAAGGCCAUGGUGGAUAUUUUGAUCAAUAUGGAAUUAUCCGAGACAUUAUUCAAAACCAUCUGCUUCAGGUUCUCUGCUUGGUUGCUAUGGAAAGGCCUGUUUCUCUCAAUCCUGAGCACAUUCGGGAUGAGAGAAGGUGUGUUCUUGAAUCAGUAGUACCCAUUAGUGAUGAUGAGGUUGUUCUUGGACAAUAUGAGGGCUAUAGAGAUGACCCAGCCGUACCUGAUGAGUCGAACACUCCAACUUUUGCAUCUGUUAUUCUGCGCAUACACAACGAAAGAUGGGAAGGUGUUCCUUUCAUACUAAGAGCAGGGAAGGCCUUAGAUUCUAGAAAAACAGAGAUACGAGUUCAAUUCAAGGAUGUUCCUGAUGAUAUUUUCAAGGAUAAGCAUCGGAGAAAUGGGUUUCGUAUCUGCCUACAGCCUUUAGAAACUAUUUACACGAAGCUUGUGUACAAGCUAGGUAAUUUGGAUAUGUCCACACAUCAAAGUGAACAGGAAUUGCUCUACUGGCGGCAGGAAGGGGUUACCAUUGAGGAUGCUUAUGAGAAUCUCAUUCUCGACACGAUUAGAGGCGAUCAGCAACAAUUCAUUCGUAGAGAUGAAUUGGAGGCAUCAUGGAAGAUCUUCACCCCGUUAUUGCACAGAAUUGAUAGAGGGGAGUUCAAGCCACUCCCUUAUGAGGCAUACGGUUAUGGCCCGAAAGAGGCCUUUGAAUUGCUGCGAAAAGCGGGCUAUGUUGAAACACCCGGGUUUUUAGUUGACGACCACUAAUCAUCAUCAACAUUAUUAUUAUUAUUCAGGUGUAAGCUCAGUGGCAUUGGAAGGUGAUGAUAGAGACAAAUUGGUGGUGACUGGAAAAGUUGAUGCAGUGUGUUUGGCUAGGGUUCUUAGGAAGAAGUUUAAAUGUGUAAACCUUGUGAGUGUCUAAGAAUUGGAGGAGAAAGAUGAUAUUUUCUAGGUAUUCUCGGCUUGUUAUAUGUUAGAAGUUGCAAGAAAUAAAUGUACAUUAAAUUUAUCAUGUUCUAUUUCUAAGACUCGGGUGGUACUAGUUUAUGCA